AUGGAGGGUCAAGCAGGUGUAAGAAGAAAAAGAGGCAGGCCUAGACUUCAUUGGGUGGAAUAUGUCGAAAACGAUCCAAGGAGAAUCGGUGUAGGUAGAUGGAGAAGGGUGGCCAACGAUAGGUCGGUUUGGAGGAAGAUAGUAGGUGAGGCCAAGCCAACUCCUCCGCCCGGGAUAUUCUGCCUCAUAUACUUUUAUCGCCCGCUUCAACAACGUUAUGCUCGUUUAUUAUCGAAAAGCGGACUAGAGUGUGGGCUACAGUCGAGGCUUAGGCAGGUAGAAGCAAAUAUCCACGUUGAGGAACCAACUUAUCAACAGCUGAAUUCUGGUUACGAGGUGGACCUGCCUGCUAACAUUUAUAAUUGGAAUUUCCAUGAGCAGGACACAGAAGUGAUCAAGAGCUCUGUUUUAAAGCUGGGUACCAGCUCAUCAGGGAUAAUUAAUCUCAUUACCGCAACACCUUUCUGUUACGGCUUAAAAGGAUUGGGGUCUGUCAUUGCCUCACCGGGGUUCGUAUAA